CCUAUAGUGCUCAGAGCUCCAUCCAGGUAAGCCAGAGUACCUGAGCUUUGACACGUUCCUGAGUUCACAAAACUUCUUUCAGAAGAAAAAGGCUUGGGCUGGCUUUUUACAGACCUCAGGCAGUACAAGAGUUGAAUACCCUUGUACAACUCUUAAUUAUGAGCUCUAAGACCUGAAUUGAUGCAAAUAAGCUGGUUUGACCUGGGCACAAGGCUCAGAGGGAGGCAGUGCAUGGCUCCGAGUAGGGCAUGGGAUCCUCUGUCCCUAUAAGCCUCCUGCUGUGAGAUAACCUGUAUAAAGCUACACAUUGUCCAGGAGACCAAACUGCCUCUGAAGAGCCACAGAGCAAGCGAGCCAUCCUGGAGCACACCUAGAGCUGCAGGAAUCGCUGCCAUGAGCUGCUGGAGGAUGGAGAAUUCAGUCCUGCUUUUGGCCUUAUCCGGGCUACUCACUGGUUAAAACUGGGAGCACAGAGCCUCUGGCCGGGAUUUAUACUUCUUAUUUUGGGUCUUCUGGCUGCUCUUGGUCCAAGUAUUCAUAGGGCUAGCAGGCAGGAGUGGUUGGAUGGUCUGGAAAUGUCUCUACUCUGAGGCAACACUGCUUGAGCUGACAUGUUCUUGUUUCCUUAGGCUUAGAGGAGCAGCACAUGGUGUCUCAUUCACUGCUGAAGGUUUUGAGAAUAAUUAAGUUCCGCAUUGUGAAAUGCGAUUAUCAGCACAAAUAUGCACUAACCGUCUCAUUAGCUUUUGAAAAACCCUCAUCCUCUUUCUGACUAGUGAGCUGCAUGGUGCAGUAGCGUAAGCAUGCAGAUAGCAGCUGCAAAACUCUGCCAGCUCUGCCCCUUUGCAAAAGAGCAGUGCUGCAGCUGUUGUGCAAGCAGCUGGUGCAGGUGGCUCAGAGAGGCUCUCGCCCACCCCGUGCCCACAGCAGGGCUACUUCCACGACCAGGGGAGGUUGCUCAGAGCCUUGUUCAAGGGAGCUCUGGCUAUCUCCAAGGAAGGAGAACCCGCUGCUGUCCUGAGCCCUGUCCCAGCACUGUGCCAUGCUUGUAGUUGUUUCUCUGCAGUCUAACAGGAAUUUACUUGGCAGCAAUGUGUGUCCAUUGCCUCUCACCCAUUCUCUCUGCAGUUCUGAGAAGACUCUGGCCCUAUCCACUCUAUAAUCUUGCAUCCAACACUGGGGUUCCCUGGGCUUUCUCCCCUCCCAGGUGGUUCAAGCCAGUUUCAUCACCUCUGCUGUAUGUCCUGUGCUCCAGGGGAAUCCUCUCCAGCUUGUCUCAGGCCAGGGGUCCACAAAAGGGACACAUGCUCCAGGUGCAACCUCACCUCUGGCUUGGGCAGGUUAGGGAGGUGAGAUGGGGAGUGAUGAGCAGAUCUCCCCUGGAACUGCUGCCUCCACUCCUGAGACUUUUUUCCACCUUUAAUUGCGGUAAAGGAUGAAGACGGGGAGAGGAAUCCUGUCCUCACCAGACAUGCCCAGUGGGAGCUCCAGACUCCCAAACCACUGCAUGGUGCUGCCUCAUCCUGGUGGGUGUGCAGGGCCGCUUGUGGGGCACAGAGGAGCCCCUGCUGGGAGCUGGGCUGGGCAGCAGGAGCUGCUCUGCUUUGGCCCCACCAACGCGGGGGGAGCUCCCCAGCCCCACGGGUCAGAUAUCCCGUGGCAGAUAACAGCCUGCAGCAGAUAAAAGCAUGGCCACAGAGGAGGCCACAGUGAGGACAGCAGAAGACAGCAGGUGAGAGCCUGGCCCAUUGCACGCUUGCUUCUGCUUUCAUGGAAAAUGCUGCUGCUGUUGCAGGGGAAGGCCUUGCUGGGCAGCGCUCAUGCUUGGGGAGCAUUGCAUUGGGAAGGGGCCACCCUGUGUGCUCCCUUAACAUUUUCCAUCUGCACCAUUCAUGGUCAGAUCCAUGGCUUCUUGGUUUUCCUCGUUUCUUACCUUUCUUUGCAGGGAUGAAGGCAGGAACCUGCUCCCUGGUGUUGCUGGUGAUCCUCAUCCUGUUCCUGGGAUCUGUAUCUUCUUCCUAUGAUUUGCCUGAGAAGCUGUCAGAUGCAUUCCUCCUGAGCAGCGUGGACGAGGCCAAGCAGCUCGUGGAUUCAGCCUACAAGGACACACGUGAACGCAUAAAGAAGAACCUGGAGAACGAUGCCUUGAACCCCAUAGAGCUCCUAAGAUAUUUCAAGCAGCCCAUGGCGGGGACACGGGCUGCCAUCCGGGCUGCGGAUUACAUGGAAACCACCCUGACCGUGCUCAAAGAGAAGCUGCGCUGGGUCGUGAAAGGGGACUUCAAUGUCACAGACAUUCUCACACCAGCUCAGUUGGGGAUGAUUUUCAAGGCAACAGGAUGUGAGCAGCAGAAUAAGAAAGUAAACUGUGAAUCUUCUAGCCAGUACCGAACAAUCACCGGGAAGUGCAACAACAGGAGAAACCCAUUACUAGGAGCUUCCAACAGAGCCUUGGCUAGAUGGUUGCCAGCAGACUAUGAAGAUGGUGUAUCGAUCCCCCAUGGGUGGACAAAAAGAAAGCGUUCCUUUGGAUACCCUUUUCCACUGGUUCGAAAGGUGUCAAAUGAGAUUGUCCGCUUUCCCCCUGGGCAGCUCAAGCUAGACCAGCAGCGGUCGCUCAUGUUCAUGCAGUGGGGUCAGUUUAUUGACCACGACCUGGAUUUCAGUCCUGAAUCCCCAGCCAGAGUCACCUUCAGUGGCAAAGUGGACUGUCACACCAGCUGCGCCAAGCUGCCCCCCUGCUUUCCCAUCAAGAUCCCACCCAACGACCCGCGGAUUAAAAACACAAGAGAUUGCAUUCCUUUCUUCCGCUCAGCUCCCGCUUGUGACAGUGGCAGAGCUACUCGAGAGCAGAUCAACGCACUCACAUCCUUCCUCGAUGGCAGUAUGGUGUAUGGCAGUGAAGAGCCUUUGGCCAAGAAGCUGAGGAAUUGGAGCAACCAGCUGGGCUUGUUGGCUGUUAAUCAGAAUUUCACAGAUAGUGGGAUGGAAUAUUUGCCCUUUGCCAGCAUGCAAAAGGACCCCUGUCUCAAGGUCAGCGGGAAAGCUAAAAUUCCUUGUUUUGCUGCGGGUGACUCUCGAGCAAGUGAGAUGCUGGAGCUGGCGUGCAUGCACACACUCUUUGUGCGGGAGCACAACCGCCUGGCCAGAGGGCUGAAGAGAUUAAAUCCACACUGGACUGGGGAGAAGCUCUACCAGGAGGCACGGAAGAUUGUGGGUGCCAUGAUCCAGAUUAUAACCUACAGGGACUACCUGCCUCUUCUUCUGGGAAGAAAUUUACGGAGAUGGAUUCCUUCCUACAAGGGCUACAAGGAGUCGGUGGAUCCUCGCAUAUCCAAUGUCUUCACUCUGGCUUUUCGUUUUGCUCAUGCUUCAAUUCCCCCAUAUGUGGGUCGAUUAAACAAAAAUUAUGAGCCCACAUAUCCAAAAUUGCAACUCAGCAAAACCUUUUUUGGUGUCUGGCACAUUGUGACAGGAGGUGGCAUUGACCCUUUCCUGCGGAACCUGAUGGCCAGCCAGGCCAAGCUGAUGACACAGGAUCAAAUGAUGGUGGACGAGCUCCGGGAUCACCUCUCUGAGCAGAUUGAAAGGAUUGGGCUUGAUUUAGCUGCACUUAACAUGCAGCGUGGCAGAGAUCAUGGCCUCCCAGGUUAUCUCUCCUGGAGAAAAUUCUGUGGGCUCCCUCAGCCUUGUGGUGUGAAGUCACUUGGUCGAGUAUUGAAGAAUGACCGUCUGGCAAAGAAGUUCAUGCAGCUGUAUGGGACACCAAGGAACAUUGACAUUUGGAUUGGGGCACUUGCAGAGCCCUUUGUGGAUGGAGGAAGGGUUGGGCCUCUCAUGGCUUGUCUCAUUGGCACCCAGUUCAGGAACACACGUGAUGGGGACAGGUUUUGGUGGGAGAAUAGAGGGGUUUUCACUGCCCAGCAGCGCAGUUCACUGGCCAAAAUCUCCUUGUCACGAAUAAUAUGUGACAACACCCGCAUCUCUAAAGUGUCAAGAAAUAUCUUCCGGGCCAACAGAUAUCCUGACUCCUUUGUGAGCUGCAGCAAGAUCCCAAAGCUGAACCUCAGAGCCUGGAAGUCAGAGAAGAUGGAGGAAAGUACUGAGUAAGAAGAAGCACCUGGUGACUGUUAAUGCUGAAUGCUGAGGAUUCCCCAGAAGUCUGGGUUCGGGAAGAUACUGAGAUGGAUUCUUUUAAUUGUUGCUUUUUUUUUUUUCUGUGUCUAUGCUUUUACUGCCUGAAACGUUUGAAAAAGAUUGCUUUCAUUCUCUCAGUGUAGUUUGAAUGAAGUCUUUCCAAAGAGAUGGAAUCCAGUGAUGAAGAAACUUCAUGAGAAGAUAUUCCAGAUCUGUGCAAAUUGCUCAAUAUGACAAAGCAAACCAAAAGGAGUAAUCAAGAGAUUCCCAGUCAAACCAGCUGUGUGCUUAAGCAAUGUCACAUGCACCAGGUUCCAGUAAGAUUUGCUGUUAAAUGACAAGUUUUGAACCCUCUUUUUGCAUGAAAUAGCACAGAGUUUCCAAUCUACAUACAUAGAAAGGUAUUGGGGCGUUGGAAUAGAUUUGCUUUUUUUUUUUUUUUGUUAAUUUUUAUUGUUUUCUGAGGAGUACACAAUUUAGUUUCCAGAGAAAAUAUAGUAAUUUCACAGUGCCUUUUAGUGAAGCAGCAAUAGCUGUCUUACACUCAACUUGUUAAAAACACUCUCUUUCUGAAUCAAGAAAUUGUCCUGAUGGAAGAUAGCUGUCCUCUUGUCAGUUCCUGCCCUUAGUCAAGAAUGCCUAAGGCACCAGCUAGUGCGAUGGAAAGCACACAGCUUAUUCCUGCAGCCUGGCAUGAGCCGGGAUGACUUCCCUCUGGGCAAGCAGAGAUGAUGGGAGGUCUCCUGGCAAAGAAAGGAUCGAGUUGAAGUACAAGAAAGUAGGAGCUAAUCUAGUUUCUCCCUUCAAUAUCUUUUCCUAAAGGGGUCAAAACUGCUUUCUCUUUCCUCUGUAGUUUGCUGUCUUACUAUUAUUGAUCAAUAAAUUGCAACUUUGAGCCGAGACUGAAACUUUCCAUGCACUUUGUAAGAAGUGCAAUAACUGGAGACAAGCGGAGGAUGGCGAUAGGUUUCAUUUGGGAACACCAGACAAAGCAGAUUCGA